UACUUGGCCGCACCGCACCUGGCCCGAUCGGACGCUCGAUGGAAAUGCGUUAAGCGGGACUGCUCGGCCCAGGCUGCGGUCAAUUGUGCAAGAUCGUCCGAGAGAAGCGGGUCGCUUUCGUUCUGGUGCUGGCUCUGGUGCUGCUGCUGCUACUGCGGACUUUGUGACACAGGCUUGAGUUGAGUGCGUUGAGACUGAGCUGCAACGUUUGCUGAAGAGUGAUCGGUGUUUCGAGGUGUUUGGAAGAGUGUUGCGUGCUAAACGGUGGAAUACGGAGCGUGCGUGCAAGAUCUGUGAUUGGUUGAUCGGUAGAAGCCCGAGUACCUGUGCGAUACGCAAAACUUCAAACGAAACGAUUCUAACAACAUCCCCACGAAACAUGAAGUCCAUCAUUUUGUGUCUGGUGUUUGUGCUGGCGUACGCAGGAGGACAACGAAUCACCACCAUCCAGCUGGACGGUGUGCAGUACUUCAUCAGCCGGAUGAACCCGUACUCGCCGGAGCUGAACUACUUCCUUGCCUACCAGUACUGCCGGUCGCUCGGACUGCAGCUCGCCUCGUUCGAGACAAAGGAGAAGGUCGAAUCGAUGACCGAGUACCUGCAGAACGCUGGCUACGGCAAGUACAACUUCUGGACGUCCGGCAACCGGCUCGGUACCGGGAUGUUCCUGUGGAUGAGCACCGGCCUGCCGUUCAACGCCACCUUCGACUACUUCGAGAAAUCGCCGGAAACCGUCGGUAUGGAUCCGCUGGACCACAACAGCAACACGUCGCCCCAGCGCACCGCUCGUGACAGCAGCAGCGGACUGCAGAAGGGAUGCGUGCAUCUGAAGGCGCCAAGCCUACGGUGGGCACCGGAAGACUGUUCGGCCGUGAAAGAUUUCAUCUGCGAGCAGACGCGAUGCUACUACUACAACUACGGUAGCAUUCCGGUUUCGUCGGCGCAGGGCCGUCCAAUUCAAACGUCCACCAGUACCGCGCUCUACACAACGCUUGCUGCGACCACAACGACCACAACGACCUCUACCACGACCGAACCUACGACUUCGACCUCCGCCGAGGCACGCCAGUUUGUGUCCUUCUCGACCGUGUCUACAGCCGUCCCGCAGCUGAAUGCUGAGCAUACCUCUCCGCUUGCGGCACUACUCUCCGGCGACAUUCUGGAGCAGGAUCGUACCGUACGUCCGUCGGCCACACAGUAUGCAAACACCGCGGAAGAGGAACACGACGAGGAGCAGGAGCUGGAUCACGAUCAGGAAGAGGACGAGCAGCAGCUGCACGGAGACGAACUGGAGGAGGAAGAUGAUGAGACGAACGUGGUCGGACGUAGCAGCAGCAGUGCGAAUGCAGUUGCUGAAGAUGAGGAAGAGGACGAGCACGAGCAGGACGAGCACGAGCAUGAUGAAAGUGAGGCUGACGAAGAUGAGCAGGCGGCAGAACUUCAUCACCAGCAGGCACUAGCCGCCGGUCAGGAUACGGACGCCGUCGUGUCGACCCUGCCCGAAGACAUACCGGUCGAGCAGAAGCUGAAGCAGAUCACAAAGGAGAUCGAGCAGCUGUCCGGUGGUGGGGCCGGUGAUCGUGAACUGCGCGUCGAUAGCCGCCAGAGCUUCCUGUCGCUGUCGGAUCUGAUUAAAAACAUUCGUCCGGCGGAGAAGGUGGUGCCGCAGAUUGAUUCGUCCUACGCCAACACGAUGCGUGUCCUUGGAGAGCCCCUCAGUCAGAAAAGAUAAGCGAGAAAGGGAACGAUGUCGAAGUACGAAGGUUGAGAGCGAGACUUUUGAGCAUUAGUUUAACCAGUUUUUAACGAGAGGUAGAAGCACAGGCGUCGCAUUUAAACCGUGCAUCCGAUCACUCAUCCGUCCAGCUAUGUUUGUAGUGUUUUUAACUGUCUUUAGUUUCCGGUUUGUUUGAGUAGGUGCUUCGGUUGGUCGCAUCCAUCCUGUAGGUUCAUAGCGGUAUUCAUUAAGCGUGAGGUGCGGUUCUCUUUGAGGACUAGAGUCCCAAAGUGUAUUCUUCGCAGUACUUUGAGACACAACUUCUCGAGGGAACCCUCCAUUCGCUUAUGAGGGUCCGAUGGGGAUCCUGGGAAUAUAUUGUCAUUUUCCUCUCAUUCGGCUUCACCUCAUUCCCCCGUCAUCAUCAUCAUCAUCAUCAUCACCAGCAUCAUAUUUUAGAAAGAGCUGAUCUCUCCCCACCAAGACGAUGUGGAUGGUUUUUGCAAACAUUUUCAAAACACCUUCAAUAGUUCCCUGGAAUGCAGCAUCUCCUCACCACAUCCCCCCCUUAGCACACCCCCCACUCCCCUUGCGCAGUGACGGAUAAUAAGGAUAAGCAUUUAAGCAAGUAACAGAAUACGAACGGUAGGCGUAAGUGUACUAGAAUUCUUGUGAUUUAAACUGAACAUGCAGGAGAGAGAUCAUUGUAAGACAAGACGGAAGAGCAACAGGAAAUGUAGCCUGGGAUCCUUCCCCGGACCCGGGUAUGCCUUUCCGCGGACAGACACUGGAAUGCACUGAAACGAGAAAGAAAGAGAGAAAGAGAGAGCGAGUGAGAGACAGAGAGUAUGAAUGAAAUAAAUGAUAAGAUUUGUACAAAA